AUGGAGUGUUUCAGUGCUGCAAUUAGAUCACAAGCGCUUUGCUGGGGUACAGUCGCGGACAAAGAAAGACAACAAUUCCAGCGGAAGGGCAGUUGGCGGUGGAUCUUCCUCCUCGAAGGCCUUGGUACACUUUGCUUGUGCCCCAUCGCAUGGGUUUUCGUUCCAGAUUUCCCGGACAAAAAUCGUUUUCUCACCGAAGAUCAAACGCAAUUGAUUUUGGAUCGUGUUGAAGAGGACCGUGGAGACUCAUUGCCUGAUAAAUUGACUGCUGCCAAAGUGUUGAGACAUUUGAGGGACCCGUUCCUGUGGACGUAUGGUUUGAUGUUUAAUUGUGUCACGAUGCCGGGCGCCGCAAUGGCUUUCUUCAUCCCCACCAUCUUGAGUGGGAUGGGGUUCUCAGAAACAAUGUCACUCCUUCUAACUACCCCACCGUACUAUAUCGCCGCAGGAAUGAGCACAUUCUUUUUCGCCUGGAUUUCAGACAAAACGAAGAAAAGAGCAAUCUGGCUCGGGGUCCAAACCCUGAUGCUCACCACUGGUUUGAUGAUCACAGGUUAUGCCACGCCCCACGGCGCUCGUUAUCUUGGACUUUUCCUCAUCAAUAUGGGGGCGUCCGGUUCUAUACCAGGAAUUAUUGCCUACAACGCCAACAAUGUAAUCACCCACACCAAAUGUGCCGUGUCAACCGGUGUGAUAGUCGCCUUUGGCGGAGUAGGUGGCGUAUUCGCGACGACGGUCUACCGCCAACAAGACUUCCCUCGGAAGCUGGCCACUUAUUUUCUGCAGCUUGUAGUGCACAAAAUAUCCAAAAUUUUAUAUCAUUGGAAAGCUUGA